AUGAGGCGCGUGGACCCCGACGCUUCCACAUCUAAUGGCAGGAAAGUUGUUGUACUACUCGAUCAAGCCUCUAUCGAGACCGUCAAAGCAGCAGGUGGCAAGGAAUACCAGCUUCUUAAUCCGGACAAACACAAAGACAGAAUAUUGAAGUUUGGGCGCGAUGUUUCAUCAAUUCGGCCGGACAUAACACACCAAUGCCUUUUAAUGCUUCUUGAUAGUCCACUGAACAGGAUGGGUAUGCUAAAGGUGAGACACUUUAUAUAUAUACAACCAACGCCUUUUUCGUUUGCCUAAGAGCCAUUACACAGAUUCGUGACAAUGCCUAGGACCUGGUUUAUCCUCAUACUGUGGUGUACUGUUGUGGGGGAAACGCCAGGGAAAUGAAGCCUGUCACAUGAAACAUGUGGCUGGAACACUGCCAACUGUGUGUUUAGGUGUGCCUAGCUGAUAUUUACUUGGCAUUUACGUUGACCAGGCGAUAGAAUGACCUCCAUGAACAUCUUGGUCUAACUCCGUGCCAUGGUACGGUCCACAAGUGUGGUCAUGCGAGAAGAAGGAAAGUCAUUUUGAGCUUGAGUGUACAAUGUACAACUGGUGAGGAGUGGUUUGUCUCUUCUGUUUUCAUUCAUCUCGAUCAGAUCCCAGCGCAAUGAGGGAAGAGCAGUAUGCCUUUUAACUGGACUAGUUUUCUGGGAUGUAGAUGCAUCACCAGAUGUUUUUCAAUUGCAUUGGUUAACCGGUGUCCCUCUACCGUUUUUGUUCAAUGCAGUGAACGACGUCUGUAUGAGUUGCGUCCUUGACUUCUGAUGUAGUGCAGAACUGAGGCCAGGUUCGCCAACCUGGUCAGAUGUUUCGGAGUACUUAAUCGGCAGACCAUGUCACGUUAAAGCCGUCGUUUUCCCAUUUAGCAAACUGGACGGUGUUGUUACCGUAGCCCAGUGGGAUGCUCACAUCAGGCAGGCAGGUGUGAAGAGGAAGGAAGUGACUUUAUGUGGUCUUCGUAGGUGCGAGCUGGCUGACUUGAAGGGGGCGCAGGCCGUGUCUGCGUUUUCGUACUUCAGCCAUCCGAUUGACCAGCUGAAGUGUUUGUAGCGUAAACUUCCGCGGCAUUAUAUGAGGUCGUUGGUCGUUGAAUUGGCAGUCUUUCCAAGCCUGGAAGUGGUGUUUGACCAUGGUCAGCAGAAUCUGCGGGUAGGCAAGCAGGCCAAUGGGGGAAUCACUUCUUCCUUUGUAGGGUAGCGAUCGCGUUCGGAUCACCCUACCGACUGCUGUUUUUAGGUGGAGCUUGCACUUGGGUUGGAUGUAGGAUGCGAGAGUUAGAGCAACGGUGCGUGCGUGUUCUCUGUGUCCGCUGUUGAUGACUCUCCUGGACUGUUCUCAUGCUGCGUUUUAGCUGUCAUGCUGUAAAGUCCAGGGAAAUGAAUGAAUGCCCUUUAGGAGGAAGAAGUUUGGGCAACACCGUGACCCAGUAAAGGGGGAAGCUGGACGUACUUAGUCUUUGAAGGUUGCUUGAUGUCGGGCAUGUGAAUUGUUGACUUCCUUCAUUCAGGUCUUCAUAAGGACGCAGAAGAACAUCCUCAUUGAGGUCAAUCCGAAGACUCGGAUUCCACGGACAUUCGACCGGUUUAGUGGACUGAUGGUGCAGUUAUUACACAAGCUCUCCGUUCAUGCCGCAGAGGGCAAUCACGAGAAGUUGCUGAAAGUAGUGAAGAACCCCGUGACUCGUUAUUUCCCCGCUGGCAGUCUGAAGAUAGGGAUGUCUUUCUCAGCCGAUAGAAUUGUCUCGCCCAGGGACAUACCGCAGAUGGCUGAAAAGAGUGCAUCAGACGCCAUAGUCAUUGUUAUCGGCGCAAUGGCCCACGGUUCCAUUGUGUCGACUGCUGGCGAUUUCCUGGAUGAAGUUGUCUCAAUCAGUCGUUUUCCCUUGUCAGGUGCACAGACCUGCGCAAGAAUUUGUACAGCAUUUGAAGAGGCAUGGGAUGUAGAAAGUGCUAACCCCACUGCCUCUCAAAGGUGA